AUGGCUACACUUAACUUUCGUUCUGUGACCAUGCCUGUUGGUAUUGUACGGAUAUUGGAGGUUGUGCUGUCAUGUGUCAUCUUCAGUCUGGUGGCCUCUGUGGGACACAACAAUUCAUCAUAUUGGGCCUGGUGCAUGUUUACUUGGUGCUUCUGCUGCUUCAUGACUCUUUUAAUCCUUAUCCUGGAGUUCACAAAUCUCCAUGGAAAGGUGCCCAUCUCCUGGGAUGACUUCACUACUGCAUUUGCUAUGCUGGCUACACUCAUGAUAUUGGCUGCCUCAGUCAUCUACCCCACCUUCUUUAUUUCUUCAUCUGAUUCUCGCCAAAUUGUUGCUACUGUAAUGUCCUGCCUGUGUUUUAUUGCAUAUACUGUGGAAGUAGGCCUGACCCGGGCAAGACCUGGUGAGAUCAGUGGUUUCCUGUCAACAGUUCCAGGCCUGAUGAAGGUUCUUGAAGCCUUUGUUGCCUGCAUCAUCUUCAUCUCCCUUGACCCAGUCAAAUACACUGCCUUGCAGUGGUGUGUGGCGGUUUACUCACUCUGUUUCAUUUUUGCUCUCUUCAUUAUCAUCCUCACAAUCUGCAGGCUGCUGACUUUAUGCCCCUUUCCAUUUGACAAAGUCCUUACUGGUUACAAUGUGCUUGCUGUUAUGAUGUACAUGACAGCAGUAAUUAUAUGGCCUCUUUACAAUUUCCAAGAUAAUCCAAGACCGGCAACCUGCAAUCACUGUUCCUGGGACAAACUAGUGGUAGUGUCCUUUAUGUCCUGUGUUAACCUCAUUGUUUAUAUUGUGGAUACAUGCUAUGCAAUCCGCCUGGUGUUCAUCACACCUGCUUAA